GGAUGUAAACACAACAAUCUCACUAUAACUUACAUCACAGCACAGCUCAGCUACACCUCAACACAUCACAGCUGCACCAGUGUCACCAGCGUUCACACCAUGGAAAAACUACGAAUGAUGUUAGUGCUGUUGGUGUUGAGCGCCGCUGGGAUUGUCUGUCAAGACACUUGUACACCAGACUGUACUGGAAAACACGAACGUGGCGUGGUGACCGACCCCUUGAACUGCACCAACUACUGCUUGUAUUUCAAUGACGGCACCGCGGCGGACCAGUCUCUACCCUGCGACGCAGGCGAGCACUUCGAUGCUCAAACAAGCGCCUGUGCUUCGCCAGCUGAUUGUACACCCACAUGCAAGCCACCAGUUUACCACAUCACCUGCAACGGCUCCCUCAGCUUGAUUAGCGACGCAUUCGACUGUAGCGUCUAUUAUAUUUGUUUGGCUAAUGAUGUGCAAGGACCCCUCGUCUGUGACCCUGACAGAUCUUAUUUUAAUGGGGAGGCAUGCGUCAGCGACAAAGAGGUUUGCUGCACAGUCUCGUGCACUCCCUACUGCCCAGGUGGGAUCGUGCAGGUCCCCGACCCUACGGACUGCCACAGGUACUACAUCUGUACAAAUGCUGGACCGGUCAACCCUGAUUAUCACUUCCAGUGCGAUGUUGGACAAGUCUUUGAUUACCAGAUUGGUCAGUGUGUAACAGGCGUUUCUUGUAUCACCUUGUGUGACGACGGUACAGCACAGAGUGCACGCUAACUCAAAUCCCUGAUGUAACUCGUACCACUAGGCCUGGUCUGAGACUGAGCCGCGGGGGCGUUGACCCCCGAAACCCUCUCCAGGUAAACUGUAGAUGCGCCACACGCCGUAGUGGCUACAACACUAGAUACCAUGCACACCCACACGCACACGAACACGCACCCAGACACAUACCACAAACGUUGUCCACUGACAACAUUGUACAUGUUAAAUGAAUGUGUAAACUGUUAGU